ACUGACAGUGCUGGUCGGACAUGCAUACACAUGGCGCUAGAAUUUAACCAUGUGCAUGAAGAAGACAAUUGAUUUGAGUUUCGCACUAAUGCUGCCUCAUAUACAUGGAAAAUAAAUUGACGACACCGUGAAACAAACGGACGUCGUCACGUCACGUCACUAAGGCUGCUGGUUUUCAACACUUUUGCUUAUUCCUGUUGUGUGUAUUUGUGUGCAUGCAUGCGUGCGUGCGUGUGUGUUUGUGUGCUAUGUGACAGGGACAUUUUGUUCUAUACUUGAUGGUGGACUCUUUGGAGCUGGAGUAUCUCCGUCAGGAAUUGAAGGAAAUUGCCCUGGCCAGCCUCGCCCGAGCUCAGCUCUAUGAGUAUCUGCAAGCCCAACUCCAAGCAAGAAAGAUCGAAAAAUGUGUUGUGGGUGGUGUCUCUGGAUCGUCGGGCAAGCGGCGGGGAAGAAAGAAAGGUGGCGGCGCCAGAGGAGGUGGUGGAGGGACGUAUGCGCUCGGGCAGAGCGAGGCGUGGACCAUGUACUUAGUGAACCGCGACGGCAUAGGUCGGCCGGUGCCCGUUCCGGCUUCGCUUGCACUGGGCCGGCAAGCGAAGCUCCUGUGAGCACUACAAACGCUGAUGUUUGUAAUGUGCUCAUCACCAUGACAGUAUACCGAAGGUCCCUUGAACUAGUGUUCCGCUCUGCGAACACGCUUCACACCAGUAUGACUGUAAGUAAUACUCGGGUACAGUUGAUCGAAGAAAACAGAAAACGAGAAAAAAAGAAUAUCCUUGAUUCAAGAAAAACAGAAAACGUGAAAAAGAAGAUCCUUGAUUGACGAAAAACAGAAAACGUGAAAAAAAGAAUAUCCUUCAUCAUGGCCACAGACUUGAGUAAUCAGAGCCACACGGAGAGAGAGAGAGAAGCUCUUGUAAAAGACUGCCCAUGGCGAUGGGACAUUUCUUCCGAGAUUUCCAGUGUCCUUUACCCGUUGGCGCUGGUAAUGGCAUGCGGUAUGUCAUGCAUGCAACGCGCCUAUGAUGGGCUCCACUGCACCAUAGACACUGGUGUAGGCGCAUAUUCAACAUACUGAACUUGCCUCGGACAAUUUAAAUGUGAUCUCAGCAGACUGGAUGGGCCUCAGUCGAUCAAAAAUAAUUUUGUGUAAGUUUUUUUUGCCUAACGCAUAUCCUGACUUCAUGGCUGUCUUAUUGUGUCCCCAUACAUUUCUUUCUAUGAUGCCGCAACAUUGCCGUGGCAUCUGAACAACCAUUCUAUGAUGCCGCAACGUUGCCCUGGCAUCUGAACAACCAUUUCCGUUUAAAAAAAUAUUGUAAUUCAUGCAUGAUGCUUUUUGUUGGCUCUUCUGCCUGGAUUUCAUUGACAAAUACCAUGGAUCCUUCCAUGAGUGACAUGCAAACUUUAGUACCUAUUAUUAUGCAUGUUUUAGAACCCGUCGAUGGUUUCAGUCUUACAGACAACCGUUGUAUUCUUUUUAUAAAGUUUUUUUCUUCUAGGAAUGAGCCGCCACGCGGCUGUCCACGGCGGAUGGUUUCCGUCAGCUUCGAAUGCUUUGUACUGUACAUGUAUGGCUGUACCAUCUCCACCGGGAAGGUGCGUAGCCUCUCGGGGGCUUCUUUUUUCUUUAUUUUUUAUUAUCUCUCAAUGCCGCUUGCCUUGCAUGUCUAUCAUUAACUGCUGUUUGUUGGUGCAGUAUGCUCUUUGCCUGCUGUGCAUAAGCCGUAUUAAACUUGUCGAAUGUGGACGAACAGCAGCCUGUCGUUGCCUCUGUUCAUUGCCAGCAUAAUACUUCAGAAGUGUGUUGUCUUUCAAUAUACUCUACAUUCGCCUGUGUGCUACUCUGCAUCAUAUUUCACUUGCUCAAAUAGUACUCAGAUAGCGCUCGAAUAGUGCUCGAAUAGCGCUCGAAUAGUGCUCAGUGUAUUCCAUCCAUUGCAUCGACCACUGGAAUGUUUUACUGCUAUGUUUUCUAUAGUGUCGCUUACACGUCUUGUUCUUUGGCACCCCCGGCCGGGGUAUGCCGGCCUUAGAGCUAUGGACUUUUGAUGAUCACGAUGAUGAUGGUGAUAACCUACCGGUGUUGAUACUUGUUAUAUCAUGUGACCAUUGUCAUGUCAUGUGACCAUUGUCAUGUCAUGUGACCAUUGUCAUGUCACGUGACCAUUGUCAUCAGUACAACCA